AAACGCUGGUAGUUCAUUAUGUCAACAAUAAAUAAGAUGAAUGUUAUUUUAAAUAACGGAGUAGAAAUGCCACUUUUAGGCCUUGGAACAUUCCUUCUUCAAUCUCCUGAUGUUCUAGCUAUUACAGAAGCAGCUUUAAGGCAAGGCUACCGGUUAAUAGAUACAGCAGCAGUAUACCGAAAUGAAUCAUCUAUUGGUCAAGUAUUAAAAAAAGUGAAUUCUGCAAAUAUUCUUAGAGAAGAUGUUUUUGUUACAAGCAAAUUAGGACCAACUCAUCAAGGUGCAGAAAAAGCAAAAAUGUCUGCUUUAUCAUCUUUGGAGACACUACAGUUAAAUUAUUUAGAUUUAUACCUCAUUCACUGGCCAGGAUCUGCUGGCAUGAAGCCUGAUAACCCUAUGAAUGCUGAGCUUAGAAAGCAGAGCUGGCUACAAUUAGAAAAAAUGUAUAAAGAAGGUAAGUUUAAAGCUAUUGGGAUAUCUAAUUACACUAUACAACAUAUAAAAGAAUUGCUCCAGUACUGUAGUGUAGUCCCUGCUGUUUUACAGAUCGAAGCUCAUCCAUACCUUACUCAAGCUUCACUGCGACAGUUUUGUAAAGAAAAUGGAAUUCAUGUUCAAGCAUAUUCGUCUAUUGGAUCUAGAUCUGGUUGCAAAGAAUUAUUAUCUGAUCCUACUGUGAUAAAAAUAGCUCAGCAUUGUAAUAAAACUGCUGCCCAAGUUUUGUUGAGAUGGGCAAUACAGCAUGGGAUGAGUGUUAUACCCAAAACAUCUAAUCUAGGACGACUAAAGGAGAAUAUGGAUAUAUUUGACUUUUCAUUAACUUCAGAACAAAUGCAGAAAUUAGAUAAUCUUGACCAACAGAAACAUUUUUGUUGGAAUCCAGAUGAUAUAAAAUAAUUUUCGUUUUUAAUAUUAAAAGAUAGUAAAAACUAUUUCUGAAUAAAACAUAUAAUUUCAA